GAUUCAUUUCCAAUAAUACUCCUGGUAACAUCCAUAAUAUGUUACUUCACCUACAAGUAUUAUAUAUAUCCAUUUUAUUUUUCACCAUUAUGUAAAAUUCCAGGUCCAUCACCAGAUCAUUUUCUUUUUGGUAACUUAAUGCAAAUUAUUAAAUCAGAUGUAGGAAUUCCACAUAUUGCAUGGGCAGAAAAGUAUGGAGGUAUAGUGAUGUAUAGAGGAUUGUUUAAUAAACCGAGGAUAUUUAUAACGGAUUCUAAAGCUCUACUGCAUGUUAUGGUCUCUUCUGUGUAUGAUUACCCUAAACCACCUGGUUUUAUCCGUGAUUUAAAACCUUUAUUGGGAAGUGGAAUAUUGCUAGCUGAAGGUGAUACCCAUAAAAGACAACGUAAAAUGAUGAAUCCUGCUUUCAGUUUUACUAAUGUUAAGGAAAUGAUACCAACAUUUGCUAAAGUUGGUCAUAUAAUGAAAGAUUUGUGGAUAAAAGAAAUUGGAGAUAAUGAAAAAUCACAAAUUGAUAUUAUGACUUAUUUAUCAAAAGCAACAUUAGAUGUCAUAGGUUUAGUCGGCUUUAAUUAUGAAUUUAAUUCUCUCACUUCUAAGAAUGAAUUAGCAGAAGCUUAUACGAUGAUAUUCACUCCCCAAAAUCGUCGUAGCACUUUACUUCGUAUUAUGUCGAAUUACAUCCCUUUCUUUAACAAACUUCCGAUAGAAUUUAAUAUUCGUACAAGAGAAGCAUCACGUAUAAUUGACCAAGUUUCCAAUAAACUGGUUACCGAAACAUUGGAUAAAGCAAAACUUGGUGAAUUAGAAGGAAACGAUUUAUUAACAAUAUUAAUUAGACAAAAUGAACAAACUGCUAUCAAAGAAGAUAGAAUGACUGAACAUGAACUUAAAAAUCAAAUAAUGACUUUUCUUGCCGCUGGUCAUGAAACAACCAGUGUUGCUAUUGGUUGGGCUUUAUAUUUUCUUUCAAAAAAUAUCGAAGUACAAAAUACUCUUAGAAAUGAAUUAUUAGAGGCCUUUCCUGAUAAGGAUUUUAUUCCUACUUUUGAUCAAAUUAAUUCUCUGGAAUUCCUGAAUUGUGUGGUUAAAGAAACACUAAGAGUUAAUCCUGCAGUUCCAAUGACUAUACGUACAACAAAAAAAGACGAUGUAAUUGGCGGAUACAUGAUCCCAAGGGGUACACCAAUAUUUCUCUUCAUGAACACAAUCCACCGGCUUCCCUCAAUAUGGGGUUCAGAUGCAUCCACUUUUAAACCUUCACGUUGGUUAGAUCCUAAUCUUACUUCAAUUCAAACAAAUUAUACUUACAUCCCUUUCUUAACGGGUCCUCGUUCUUGUAUUGGUAACAAAUUAGCUUUAAAUGAAUUUAAAGUUAUGCUGGCAAUCUUAAUUAGAAAUUUCAAAUUUACGGAAAUUGAUGGUUUCGAAGUGAAAAGUAAAUUAGCAAUAUCACUUAGACCUGAUCCUACUAUAAAGCUUUGGGUUGAGAAAUUAAUUUAAGAUUAUAUUGUAUACUUAUACAUAAUUUUUUUUAUAUUAUGUAAUAAUAAUGAUAACAUGCAACAAUUGCAAUGCUUUAAAUAAAUAUUAAAAAUAAAUAAACUUGGUAAUUAUUUAUU